AUGAAAACUAAAGGCAGUCAGAUACCAGAUAGCAGAUACCAGAAACCAGAUACUAGACACCAGAUACCAGAUACCAGACACCAGAUACCAGAUACCAGAUACCAGACACCAGAUACCAGAUACCAGACAUCAAAUACCAGACACCAGGACAACCAGACACCAGAAACCAGAUACCAGAUACGAGAUACCAGAUACCAGAUACCAGACACCAGACACCAGAUACCAGACACCAGAUACCAGAUGCCAGAUACCAGACACCAGACAUCAGAUACCAGACACCAGAAACCAGAUACGAGAUACCAAAUACCAGAUACCAGAUACCAGACACCAGAUACCAGAUACCAAACACCAGAUACGAGAUACAGAUACCAGCCACCAGAUACCAGACACCAGAUACCAGACACCAGAAACCAGAUACCAGAUAAAGAGAUAACAGAUACCAAAUACCAGAUACCAGACACCAGAUACCAGACACCAGAUACCAGACACCAGAUACCAGACACCAGAUACCAGACAUCAGAUACCAGACACCAGAUACCAGAUACCAAACAUCAGAUACCUGAUACCAGAUACCAGAUACGAGAUACCAGAUACCAGACACCAGACACCAGAUACCAGACACCAAAACCAGAUACCAGAUAA